UCCCGGAUGUAAAGCUGCUCUCUGAUUGGUUCCAAUGUGAAAUCUCGCACAACUCACGCCCACAAAGUUUGCGAGAAAACACGAGACUUCGACCAAAACAAUCGUCAUGAUCAUGGCGGCUGCAGAUGACAGAAAGAGUACCAGACUACAUGAAGAUAUCCCCCAGUCCAAGUGGCCCAUCGUCUACAGCUCUGACUACAAUAUUGGUUUCCUGGGUUUGGAAAAGCUGCAUCCCUUCGACUCUGGUAAAUGGGGUAAAGUCUUCAGGUAUCUGAAAGAGAGCGGCUUACUGAAGGAUGAUGAUGUAGUGACUCCUGUAGAGGCCACUGAGGAAGACCUGCUGAUGGUACAUAGCAGUGGGUACCUUAACAGCCUCAAGUGGAGUAUGGUUGUGGCUGGCAUCACAGAAGUGCCCCCUGUUGCUUUGCUGCCAAACUUCAUUGUGCAAAGAAAGCUGCUGAAACCACUGAGAUUGCAGACAGGGGGAACAGUUAUGGCAGGAAAGCUAGCUACGGAAAGAGGCUGGGCUUUGAACAUUGGUGGUGGGUUCCAUCAUUGUUCUGCAGAGAGGGGAGGGGGGUUCUGUGCAUAUGCAGACAUCACACUCUCUAUCAAGUUUCUGUUUGAGAGAAUGGAAGGCAUCUCCAAGGCCAUGAUUGUAGAUCUAGAUGCCCAUCAGGGUAACGGCCAUGAAAGGGACUUCAUCAAUGACAGCAGAGUUUACAUCAUGGAUGUAUACAAUAGGUACAUCUAUCCACAUGACAGCUAUGCAAAAGGUGCAAUCAGACGGAAGGUAGAGUUACAGGCCUACACUGAAGAUGAUCGCUACCUCAGUCUUGUUAGGAAAAACCUUGAGAAAGCCCUGGAAGAGUUUAACCCAGACAUCAUAGUGUACAAUGCAGGUACUGAUGUCCUAGAGGGUGAUCCACUGGGAGCCCUGUCUAUAUCACCUGAGGGUAUUGUUCAGAGAGAUCAGUUGGUAUUUGAGCUUGCUAGGGGAAAGGGCAGACCCAGGCAAAUCCCUAUCCUCAUGGUUACCUCGGGUGGGUACCAGAAGAGAACAGCCCAGAUCAUCGCAGAUUCCAUCAAGAACUUGAUAGCAAAAGGUCUGAUCUCACACCAAGCUGCAGCAGUCGAGACAGAGAUCUGAGAGUUUGAUCUCACAGUUUUUAUGAAGAUCUACCUGAUGAUCAUGCAUGUAAACACUAUGUUCUGAUGAGACAAGUGUCAAACUGUUUCAAUAUGCAAAAUUUGAAUUAAAUGUGAUUUUUGAAACCUGUUCAUGUAAGCUUGUAUUUUGUAUGUAAGGUCUUGACAGCUUUUUGUCUUUUUAAAAUGACAAACCCACUAUAGAAUUUACUAAA